UUUCUUACAGGUGCGUUUACAACCUGCCUCACGGUUUUUUCAUCCGUCUACCUGACAACCACGGACAAGCACUGCGACAAAUGCGUCUCGGACGGCAGUCGCGCUACCUUCACGAGAGCGGAAGCGCUACCUGAUCUGGAGGGUUGGAUCGAAUUAGCAGUGUAGUGUUGCUUUCGGAGUGGAUUAGCGACGAACGCAGUGCCUAAACGUUCACCUGGACGUGGAUGUGCACUGGCGUACAAAGCGCUUGCGGACGCAACGCGGUCUCCCCUGCCUCUGAAACUUGAACGAGAAACCGUAUCUUCGAUGCAAAUCUACAUUAUUGCGCGCGCAUGGUUUACAUCGGGCAAGGCUGAGCGCCGAAUGUGCAAGGUGAGAAAAUUCCACUCGGUAGCUGCGGGACCGAACGGAGAGAGCGAGAGUGAGAGAAGGAGAGAGGAUGGGUGCUCAGGUUUGAGUUUACGCACCUGCUCCUCAUACCACGUCCCUACCUAAACCUCCUGCGUUCAACCUGCGCGGCAUCGCCUCAUAGGUACUGGUGGAUAGGAUACCGGUGAACCCCCGCGCGCACCCUUCGCCCUCCCGCGCCGCUCGCUCUCUCGAACCGUCCGUCGAUCUCGCUCCGACAGCCGUGAGCCGGCCGGAACUCGCCUCUGUCGCACCAAAGGCAGCGCUAGAGCGAGGCAGUCGCCGCACAGCAUCCAGCAGCAGCGCUACUAGCGGCAGCCAAACGGAAAGACUCCCAGGCGAGUUGCCCUGCCGUAUAGGUGUGUGGCGUGUGUGCGAAUCGUCCAUGAGCCUCGCUUGCGUGGGUGUGAGCUGAGGAAGCCUACCUGGCGGCGUCCGACACGCAGUAACUCGCGCGCUCCUUCGUGUUCUCCCGUAGGAAACAGCGUCGCGCGCGCGUACCGUUCCCAGCUCGGUCGUUUCUUCCCCGAAAGGGGAAACUGCGAAGUUUCUGGAAAAUUUUUAACCAUCGUGGAGGAGAGAAGAGUGCGUUAACCGCGCGCGCGGCUCCUUUGAGAGGAGCGCCUUACCGCGCGGUUCACCGGACGAGAUCGGAGCGGGAUCGGAAGUGCGACGGAAAAGUACACGUCAGUUCCCACGAUCCCGUGUAUGUGUGUUCAUGUGUACGAGAGAAAAAAAAUAGUGAUACGCGAAUAAGUCAGUCAUUGUUAUCUCGGAGUGGAUGUCCCCGGAGAUACGACGAAUGCUUCCGUGGCCGAUCGUUGGACCAAUAAGGAAUUUCGGGCGGAGGAGAUGCGUUGGUGGCUGAAAAGAGGAGACUGAAAGGGAGACCUGAAAAAGGUUUCUCCGUCAAUAUCGUCCAGUUGCAACUGGUAUGCCGACCGACAUCGUAGUUACGUCGGCUUCGGCCACGAUUUCAGAGGAGACGAGUAGAGGUCGGGACCUGGGACUUGGACCGUCUCCAAGGUCAGGUUCCUCCGCAGCCUCGUCGUCCUCCAGCUCUGGCGCGACGUCGACCUCGAGAGGAUUCGAUCCGUCUGGCACUCUCGCGGCUUAUCACCAUCACCGUCACAGCUUGGUGACUGGUCUGGGUCAUGCUCAUCACCGGGAGUCAUCAGCCUUCGUGCCUGUCGUGCCUUCAAGAUUACAUCUCACGCCUUAUCCGGGCGAGAUGCAUCCUCACUUAACCGGGCCACCGCCCUCUUCGUCAUCAUCGACGAACUCGGAACACGAAGUUGGUCCUGAAUCCUCAGUAGCUAGAAAAAGUUCCUCAAACUACGAAAUCAUGGCCAUGAUGGCUGACAAAAGAAAGGAAUUGACGAGAGCACUUCUCAUACCGCCACCUCCCCUCCUGGAAGCACCUCCCGGUUAUUCGGUGUUUGCCGGUCCCUUUCCAGGUAGUUCUGCUUUGUACCCACCGGGUGGUCCAUUAGCCCACCAACAUUUGGAUCGCAGGCUACUUCGUGCACCUGGCAGAGCAUCCAGGCCGAAGAAGCAGUUUAUUUGUAAAUUCUGUAAUCGACAGUUUACAAAAUCGUACAAUCUUCUCAUCCAUGAGCGAACUCAUACCGAUGAAAGACCGUAUUCCUGCGACAUUUGUGGCAAGGCGUUUAGGAGGCAGGAUCAUCUUAGGGAUCACAGGUAUAUCCACAGUAAGGAGAAACCUUUCAAAUGUGGUGAAUGUGGCAAGGGCUUCUGCCAGAGCCGCACUCUCGCGGUUCACAAAAUCUUGCAUAUGGAAGAAUCGCCGCACAAGUGUCCGGUUUGUGCGAGAAGCUUCAACCAGCGCAGCAAUCUCAAGACACAUCUUCUAACACACACGGAUCACAAGCCUUACGAGUGCACGUCAUGCGGCAAGGUGUUUCGCAGAAACUGCGAUCUCAGGAGACACACACUCACCCACGCUGUGGGUGACGUGCCGCCGGAAGCGUUGGAAGAAGCGUUGCGCGACGACGACAGCCCGGAAGAGGACUGCCCCGAGCCAGGACCCUCGACCUCCGCAUCGAAGUCCGCAACAUCGUCCAUGUCCUCGGCGUCUUCGAGUUCGUCCGGAUAUCCUUCUCAAGGGCCGUCGGCGCCGCCGCCCGCACCCACAACAUCGGGAUCCGCGCCGUCUCUUCCUCAAAGACCUCAGCUUCAAAUUAGAAGAGAUCUCCUGCCCGCCGUGAAACCGUCGACGGUGACGAGCGGUUCCGCGCCUCACUCGCUCACCCAGAAUCCACCAGCUGCUCUUCCGCCGCCACCGCCACUCAUAUUGACUUCUUACCGACGAAGAAUCGGCUCGCCAGGUCCCUCUAGAGUACUUCUCGAGAUUCAGGAGCGUGAACGUGAGAGGGAACGAGAGAUGGAGCAGAGCAGAGAGAGAGAACGUAACAGAGAACGUGACAAAGAAGCGGCCAGACCACCCAGAGCACCAACACCGCAGCCACCACCGCCACCUCCUCGGCCUGCACCGACACGCCAAGGCUUCACCAUCGCCGAUAUAAUGGGCCGAUAGAAAUUUCGCACGUGUUGCAGGUGAUUUUGCUACUUCCAGAUCGAGUUUCCAGAUAUAGAGAGAUGAAGUAUGUGAAGAAAAUUCUUCACAAGGAACAAUGUCUUUCUGAAGAUUGUACGAUAUUUUUGAGAGAAGAGAAAGUAACUAACUUGUCGAAAAUCUGCAUGGCUUAUAUAUUUUUCACAGAGAUAACGCGAGGACAAUGCACUUUUGACAUAGACAAUGCGGGAAUUGAAGCAUACGGAAAGUAGAUAAAACUUUGAAAUUUUUUUGAAGCUUUUACGAGACCUUGGCAAAUUCUUUCAAGGAAUCUACGCGUGCAUAAUUCUAAAAUAGUUAUUAGAUGCGAAAAGCUUAAUUCUCCCGUUCCGCAGUACAGUCAUAUGAUUGCGUAUUAUUUUUUAGACCUAAUAUAAUAAUAUAGACAUGAGCAGAUAUACAGAGAAUUUUAAAAAAAUGACAAAAUAAUAUUACAUGACUUGGAUAAAGCAAUAGUCUUUUUUAAGAAUAAGACGAUUAAACAAACGCAUACCAAAAAUGUGCCUUCAUUGUUUGUUCUAAAGUAUUCGCUAAAAGAAAAAGAGACUGGGCUCGCGCGAAGCUAUAGUUCUUUCCGUGACGCAUUUCGAUUGCGAAAUGAAUUAAUAGGGGGAAAAAAUCAAAUUAAUCCCGAGUGCACAUAUAGUACAUAGGACUUUAAAUGAAAUUAAAUCUCAUGAUUAUUUCUUUUUUUAAAUAAAUAUAUAUAUAUUUAAAUAAAUUUAUUAAAUAAAGAACCACAAAGAUUUAAUUUUAUAUAUAAAUAUGUGUAUAUCGGGAUUUAAAAGAUUAGUAAGAAGGGAUAAUUAUGGAAUUCCCGCUGAGUACUCUUUUGUCCCGCCGAUGUAGAGAGAAGGGAUAAUGCAAAUUUUGCGGUCGAGGUAACAUCCUGUGCCACCGUGGCAGGUGCAAUACGGCUUUGUGCCUGUUCGGUCCGCGCGCAAAAUACCUGCUCCCGCUACUGCUCCCGCUUUUCCCUUCUAAAAAUAUUCUCGGCCAUAGGCGAAUGUCAUCAAUAUUUUUCUCCCCUUUUUUCCCCACCCCGGUGCGAGAGAGAGAGAGAGAAAGAAAGGCGUUAAUGGUCCUUUUGUGAGACUCCAAAUGUACACUGUCCGACCGAGGAGGCGAUCCUUUUGGUCUACGCGCCGACACAAAGAUAUACCUUCGUUUCAGUGGAUCUCAAAGAAUAUGAGAGCGACCGUUAAUCGAAUACAUUAUAAAAUAAUUUAUCAUUUCAUUUUUUUUAAAUAUUCUAUUAUGAUUAAAUUAAAUUUCGAUGUGUUUGAAUACUCGAACAAUUUGGCUGAUUGUGCUUUGCGUUCGGUUGACAUGCGUUGCAAAUAAAAGACAGAAUAGAAUUGACUACAAAAUACAAGAGUUUAAUGUUUGAAGUAAUAUUUACCAAUAGCAGAGAGUAUCAUCAUUUUGUAAUUUUUAAUUAUAAAAUGUAUACUGACUUUCCACACAUAUUUUACGAAUAAUAUUGAAAAUUUAGUUAACGAACGUUUGAAGAUAUGAGUUGUUUUACACAACGCUUUGUCUUAAGCGAAAACAAUAGAAAUAAAUUAGAUUAAAUUAAAUUCCAUAUUCAUUUCAAAUAUGCAUACAAUUGCGAUCAUAAAGUUAAACAUUAAUUUAAUUCAGUUGUUCUUUAUUAAUUUAAUUUAAUUUACUUCUAAAUGAUUUUCGAAACGAAACGUUGUGAUAGGAAUCCCAUGAAUUUUAUAAAUACCUGAUAUGUAUGUGUAUAUUAUUUUAUACACAUAUUUGCAAUUCGGAUAGUCGAAUAACUGUACAUGAGAUAAUAUGCAUAAUGUUUUAUAAGUAUAAUAAUAAUAAUGUAAUUAUUAUCUUAGGUAUGUUAUAUGAUUUUUUCAAAAAUUCACGGACAAAUGUUUGUUAAACCGCGAACAUUUGAUUAUUAAUUUCAUCAAGAUAUUCAAUUUAUGAUUAUAAUUACUUUUGAAAGUUAUGUAUGUAAUAUCAGUAAUGCAUUUAUCACGCAUUUAAAAUCAAUCCGUUCAGAAUGUGAUCAGAUACUUUAGAAUAAAAUAAACUUUAUAAGUAUAUAAAUUUUAAAUAAGUCAACGUAUAUAUUUUUU